AUGCCCGCGCACUUGCACAUCAUACACGUCGAGCAGGAGGCUGCGCCGUCGGACAAGUCCGCGCUGCAGACGGUUCUAGACACGGACGAGGAGCGCGCGUAUCUCCUCGAGAUCGAGAGAAUCUUACUCGAAGAGGAGAAGGACUCCCACGAGGGGAUCGACCUGAACGAGGUGUACGAGCGCCUGGACGAGAUCGGGUCCGACGAGGCGAUCGCGCGCGCGGGCGGCAUCCUGGGCGGGUUAGGGUUCGACGCCGCGAUGCAAGCGAAGAGCACAAAGGAGUUUUCCGGCGGGUGGAGGAUGCGAAUCUCGCUCGCGCAGGCGCUGUUCAUGACCCCGGAUUUGCUCCUGCUGGACGAGCCGACCAAUCACCUGGACGUGCACGCGCUGACGUGGCUCGAGGAGUUUCUGCAGCGGUGGGAGAAGACCGUCGUGAUCGUGUCGCACGACCGCGGGUUCUUGAACGACACGACGACGGCGACGAUGUUUUUGCACCACAAGAAGCUGCGGUAUUACGGAGGCAACUACGACACCUUCGUCAAGGUUCGAAGCGAACACCGCGCGAACGAAGAAGCGACGCGCGCGAACCAGUCCCAGCGCGAGGGCCACCUGAAAAACUUCAUCCAGAAGUUUGGACAGGGACACAAGAAGAUGGUGAAGCAAGCGCAGUGCCGCAUGAAGAUGCUCGCGAAGCUUCAGGAGGAAAAGGUGGACGUGGAUUACGACGAUCCGUAUCUACGUCUCAACUUCCCCUCCGCGACGCCGCUGCCGCCGCCGUGCAUCUCCGUGAUGAACGCCGCGUUCGGGUACGAGGGGUACGAGACCCUGUACGAGGGCCUCGACUUCGGGCUGGACAUGGACAGCCGCGUCGCGAUCGUCGGCCCAAACGGCGCGGGGAAGUCGACGUUUUUGAAGCUCCUCGAGGGCGCGAUAAUCCCCACGCGAGGGUGGGUGAACCGCCACACGAAACUGCGGCUCGCGCGGUUCUCGCAGCACCACCUGGAGACGAUGAACUUGGAAGAGGACUGCGUGUGCCACAUGAAAGGCCUAGACUCGGAGAUGCCGUUAGAGGAAGCCAGGGCGUACCUCGGGCGGUUCGGCCUCAGCGGCGAGCUCGCGACCAAACCGGUGAAGUUUCUCUCCGGAGGACAAAAAUCGCGGCUGGCGUUCGCGGAGCUGGCGUGGCGCCAACCGCACAUCAUGCUCCUCGACGAGCCCACGAACCACCUCGACCUUGAGACGAUCGAAGCGCUCGCGAUGGCGCUGAACAAGUUCGAGGGCGGCGUCGUCUUGGUAUCGCACGACGAGCGGUUGAUCUCGCUCGUCGUGGAUGAGAUCUGGCAGGUGGUGAAGGGCGACAUGACGUCGGACCCGCAGCGGCCGGGGUGCGUGAAGGUGUUCAACGGGUCGUUCGAGGAGUACAAGGAGAUGCUGCGGCGCGAGUUCGAGGGCGGGUCGCUGUUGACGAACAAGAAGAAGGCGGAGCGCAGGGCGAAGGAGGAGAAGGAGGCGAAGAGAUCGCCGCCCGACGCCGCGGCGCCGCGGAAACCGUCUCAGAACGGCCCUCAACCGCCGCCGCUGCAGCCGGCGGGGAAGAUCACAGUCGAGAAACGGCGGUCGAUCGACGAGGCCCCGGCGGCACCGCGGGUCGUCGAGCGACCGAGCGGGAUGGUCGAGGUGGGCGGUGGCGGCGGCGGGUACGUCCCGCCGCAUCUGCGGAACAAGCCGCCCGAGGGCGUCAAAGACGCCUGGGACGACGACUGACGUGACGACGGAGGACGAGAGACGGGAACGAAAAUAGUUCUUAUUACUAGCGGGUGAAAACGCCCACUCGUCGUACGUUUC